CAAGCGGGAUCCACAAACACGAGUCAUCCUGAACACUUACAUGCGAAGUGGAUCAACAUUUGCCGGGAAGAUGUUUGACUUCAACCCAGAUGCCUUUUAUAUUUACGAACCACUACAUUAUCUGAAUAUAGCCUACCGAAACAACAUGGACGUUACCUCCAUAAGUCUUCAGACGAGGAAGGUUAUCAACUACAAUUCCGAGGCCAUUACGAUCAUCAAGAACUACCUGACAUGUAACCUCCAUGAUCUUCCCAUUGAGACGCUCAUCCAGGGUCACCAGCGGCAGAGUGAAUCUUCUAGCCUCUAUCUGAAGUGUAUGAAGACGGCAUUCCGAGACCCUGCAUCGUUUUCUGAAGACAUCAAUCCUUGUAUGGGUUAUCUCAAAGAUGUAUGCUUGCGUGCAAAAUUUACAGCUGUCAAAACUAUUAACUUCCCAAUGGAGGCAGCCAGGGAAAUGAUUACAAAUGGCCUAAACAUCAAGAUAAUUCAUCUCAUCCGCGAUCCACGUGCAGUCAUUAAAUCUCAGGUAGAACGAAUAUUUGGAAAUUGGUCAAUGGUGCAAUCGAUUGCCAGACAUCACUGCGCAAGACUACAAAGCGAUUUCGAUGACACGAAGACUUUACUGAAGUCUCGGCCCCAGAACAUAAAAGUGUUGUUUUAUGAGGACCUUGUUGCUGACAUGUUUUCAAACAUAAAAUAUGUUUAUGACUUUAUAGAAGUUCAAUACAGAGAUAGCCUUCAUGAAUUUGUACAGGCUUUAACAACUGGAAAUGAAACCGACGGCUGUAUGACAUGUGCCGUGCGACCGAAUACAGAAUAUGAAUCUGUUAAAUGGCGAACCAAGAUAGACUACAAGCAUGUUCUUAUCAUCGACAAUGAAUGUUGGAAGGCGUAUGACAAACUUGGCUAUGUACGCGUUAGAAGCAGAGACCAUCUUUUGAAUUUGAACGUGUCUCUUCGGCGUGAUGUACACAUAUAAAAAAAAAUAUAUGUGCACACCGAUUGGAUAUCGUCACUGCGUUAUUUCUGAGUGUGAGUGUCUCAGCUUUUUCCAUGUAUAUUUCUGGCAAUUUCUAAACUGAGAACAAGAGUAACAAAUUACUUGCCAAUAAAUCAAGUGUUAUCAGUUU